UUCAAAUCUUAUUCAUCUCAUGAAUGAGACGAGGACAAAGUGCUCAGGAGCCCACAAACUGCAGGCUGAGUAUCCAAGUAAUCUUUCAACAUGCCGGAGAUGAACUGCACCUUCGCUGCUCUUUUCACAACCAGUGCGUCACUUUUCAGUGACGUGGGCUGCCCCGAGGCUGCUGUGGCGUGUGGGAUGAACAUCUCCUGGGUUUUGGCUAACGCUACUGCACAAGAUCUGGAUGAGAUGUGUUUGAGCGAGGACGAGUUCCUGGCUCGGCACCUGGGACCUCCGAGGUCCCCCGUGUUCCUUCCGGUCUGCAUCACCUACCUCGCCAUCUUCAUUGUGGGUGUGCUGGGCAAUGCUCUCACCUGCACGGUCAUUCUGCGCUACAAGGUGAUGCAGACGCCCACCAACUACUACCUGCUGAGCCUGGCGGUGUCAGACCUGCUGGUGCUGGUGCUGGGCAUGCCGUUGGAGCUCUACGACAUGUGGCAGAACUACCCCUUCCUGCUCGGGGAGGAGGGUUGCUACUUCAAAAUCUUCCUGUUUGAGACCGUCUGCUUCGCCUCCAUCCUCAACGUCACGGCGCUCAGCGUGGAGCGCUACGUGGCAGUGGUGCACCCCCUCAAAGUUAAACACAUGACCACACGUGCUCACGUUAAAAGGGUCAUCCUAAUGCUGUGGGGGCUGUCCAUGCUGUGUGCAGUGCCAAACACCAGUCUGCAUGGGAUUGUGUCGCUGCCUCCAAGAUUUGGACGACAUUUUCCCCGAUCUGCCAUCUGCCAUCUGAUCAGGCCCACCUGGAUGUACAACCUGAUCAUCCUGAUUUCCACGUUGGCCUUCUUCCUGCUGCCCAUGCUGAUCAUCAGCGUCCUCUACCUGCUCAUUGGCUUGCAGCUGCACAGGGAGAGGAUGAUAACUGUGGUGGACACCAGGUGUAGCUUCGGACCCGGAGGUCUCUCCAGGUCGCAUGAGCAGAAGUUGAACAAACGCAACCUGCAAGUCACCAAAAUGCUGUGUGUGCUGGUGGUUGUGUUCGGCCUUUGCUGGGCUCCCUUCCACGUGGACCGCUUGAUGUGGAGCUACAUCGACCCCUCGUCCGAGCAACACCUGCAGGUCUUCGAGCACGUCCACGUGGUUUCCGGAGUCUGCUUCUACCUGAGCUCUGCUAUCAACCCCAUCCUCUACAACCUCAUGUCCACCAGGUUCAGGGAAAUGUUCAGUCGCUUCACUUGUUAUUCAAAGAGCUGGUCGGCACGCUCCAGCUUACAGAUGACCCAACGCAGCACCGUAAGCGAGAAAACACCCAAUGUUAUGAAGCGUAGGUCUACUUAGUCUGGGCCAAAGGGGUCCAAGGACAUAUACAUGGAUGGGUGACUAAUUGAAGGGAACAUUGGUGUGAACGAAUGCACACAAAAUGAGCAUGGAUGGAUUACUGAGCAGGCA